GCUCACCCAUUGUGGGUCAGAUGUUUUUCAGAGCAACUCUCUUUACAUCCUAUUAUCAGAUAACUGCAUUUUUUGCUGGAAAAGAUCGUCUUGGUCAGCGCCUCACAGUUCCAGAGUACUUUCUAUGUGGUAUGUUUACAGGUGCUGUUGCUGCUUUGGUUGAAGGACCCAUUGAUUUGUUCAAGUCAAAGAUGCAAAUCCAAAUAAUACGAGCGAAAUCUGGAGAGUCAGUCAUGUAUAGGAAUGUGUUCCAUGCAGCUUAUGUUAUUGUAAAAAAACAUGGAAUCCGAGGAGCUUACCAAGGUCUGCCUGCUACGUGGCUAAGGAAUAUUCCAGCUAAUUCAGCUUUCUUUGGUUUCUAUGAAUUAUGUCGCACUCUGUCGAUACCCGAGGGAGGUACGGUAUUUGACUUAUCCCCCAUGGCAUUACUUGCCUCUGGGGGAACCGGGGGAUUUCUAUAUUGGUUCCUUACAUACCCUACGGAUGUUAUCAAGUCUACUAUGCAAGCCGAUGAUUCUGUGGUGGAGAAAAGACGAUUUAAAAGCAUUAGGGACUGUGUAAAAAAACUUUAUAACGAUGAAGGAGGAUGGAGGCGAUUCUACAGAGGCUUUACCCCGUGUUUAAUGCGAUCCAUUCCAGCAAAUGCUACUUUGUUCUUUGUUGUUGAAACAAUCAGAAAGUAUCUUCCUUUAUAGGCCUGACAAGGUUUUACGACUGAGACUCUCCUAGUUAAAGAAUUACGAGAAAUUUGUGACCAAAAACUGGUUAUGAAACACAUCACAGCAAUAUCAACAAUAUCGACAACUUUCAAUCUUAAAAUAAGCAGCUAGUCUGAGGCCCGUUUCUCGAAGAUCCUAGUAACUUAGCGGGCCCGUAAAGCUGCUCUGUUUUCAUUUAAGAUGGGGGUUUAGAGGGUUAAAUUAAAAUAUAAAACUUUCAUAUAAAGAAACAAGAACGAUUGGCUAAGGUGCAAGAACCUGCCUCGCAAUUCUUUAACUUCUGAUUCUAUGGCUUCGGGCCCGUUCAGUUACUUGGACUAUCUAGAAAAAGCCCUCCCCUCCCCAGCCCGCAGAUAGCUAGUGCUAUUCUAGGCGGGAUAAUCUUCAAAAUCUAAUCAAGGAUUCCUAGAUUACCAUACAUUAAUAUUGACAUAGCAAUGGCUGUUUCAACAAUUCGGGGAAUUCUGACAUCAAAUGUCUUUGUUCUAAUUGAAUUAAAUAUUGCCGGCAAAAAACGGUUAUUAGCCACCAAAAGAUGGAUCACCACGUGCGAAGUGCAAUUAUAUUUUCUUAUAAUCGUAAUUUAGGGAUAUAUGGGGAAUCUUAUAUUUUUAUUAUAAAGGCUUCUGAAGCGAUUUCCUCAAGCUAGACCAGUAAUACUUAUACUUCAUUCUUUGGACUUUCAGCCAACAUGAAAGUGAUUACCUAUUACAAGAAUCUUACGAUACAAUUAACUACUUAUUAAUAAACAGUUCCUAGACAUAUCAUGACGGUUUUUGUCUUAUAAGUGCUGAUUUGUUCGCUGUAUGUUUAUUGCCAAUAGUUCAUGAACAUUCGAGUAAGUUUCGCAGUUACUUGGUCUCAAGAUUGAUUAACUCAACUUUUCACUUAAUGUAGCUUGAGAAAUUCCCGUAGGAGACAUAAGAGAGGGGAAUAUAAAUCCCCACGGGAGUAAGGCGUAUAAUUCCAAAUUUAAUACAGUAUUUAGUGGGGUAAGUUUCUAAAGAAACUGUGGUGCUGCGUCGGUGGGGGAGUGUGACAAGAUUAUUUUUGGUUUAUCAACUGAGUUGAUAAUGUAAACCGGCCACCGUAAAGUGUUUCGAGGCUGACGUUUCGAGCAUUUUUCGCUCUGACGAAGGGUUAACGCUCGAAACGUCAGCCUUGAAUCCCUUUACGGUGGCCAAUUUACAUUGUCAACUCAGUUGAUUAAACCAAAAUUAUAUUGUAACGAAAAUAUUAGGUAAUUUACCAAACCUGAGUUAUUGUCCAUCAUUCCUUUUUGGGCUUUACAUUAGAUAGUGAAUCCAAUUAAAUUUUUCCCUCGAGGCGAUGUGCAAUAUUUUACUAGUGUAAAAGUCUAUUUUCUAGCCCUGCAACUUGACCAAACUUUUUACAAAUUCGACGAUAUUCAAUCCUAAAUCCAAAUGUCCUCAUGCUGAGAAAUGUACUUCCGAAGGGACAAGGAAGAGAUAGAAAGAUUCAAGAAGAAGAAUGAAGAACGAUUAAAAAAUAACAUUCGACAAACUUUUUUGCGAAAGCACGUAAGAAAGGUCUAAAUUGUUUCCGACGAACUUUUGCAAAUUUUACUUAAUUUUCAAUCUUUUUCGAUAGCGUUCUUUUUGCCCUUCCCUUAGAUUACUUGACUGUUUAGCCUAUGAUAUAUAAACCGCAGUCGUUUUCUUUGAACUGAGAUCAAUACUAAAUUACUUGGUAGUGCGUAAAUUUCAUUUUCAAACAAAAUCAAUUGUGGGCCAGUCUGUAAAAAAUAAGUGCAUAAAUACAUCCAGUUCAUUUCAUGGACAUGGCAAAAAGCGUUAUUUUGAACUCCAUGACAAAUUGAUAUUGGUAUUGCAAUGUGAAGUGUUCCAUUCUCGAUCACAUAUAGUAUUCAAAUGAUCUUUGUGAGGCACUCCAUAUCACAAACUGGAAAUAGAUAAUAGCACAGAGAAAACGUUUCUUUUAAUUCUAUGUAAGGACAGAAAUAUUACUUUAAGGAGCUUAUGGCUCCAUUACUUCUGUAUUCUACAAUAAUUCUUAAAUCAAGUUAGUUAUAAAAUAACCUCAAUUUGUUCAUUCUAUUUGUGACUCUAAGGAAAGAGAAAAUAAAAAGAAUCCUUUGUCCUGAUUGGCCACCUGAAUUUUUACCAGCUUGGAACUGCCAGCUAUGAUUUUUUGAAAGCUAAAUUCUGUGAUAUAAUCUUUAGCUUAUGUUACAAAUACUUUGUUUGAUCUAGCUUGAUAUUGGCCUUGAUACCAAGUCAGUCUCCAUAAAAAAGAGAUAACAAAAUAAUAAUAAAAAAUACUAGUCUAAUAUCCAGCAAUCUUAACCAAACAUUCUUGGUUUAUGAUCAAUAUUUAAUAAAUUGUUCUUACUCUUGAUCCCUCAACAUUAAGCAAGCAUUCAAGAUAAGCCACUAACACUUAAAAAC